UUGAUGUCACAUCCUGCGCUAGUUCCCGGACUCCACACUCGGGCUGUGAGCGCUUCUCUCUCCGCUCCGCUCCGCCGACCUGCCUACUCGCUCCGCCCGCUCUGCCCGCUCACUUGCUGCCGGUGGGGCUGAGAUGCGGCUGCAGGCAGGUGCCUGACCCGGACCGAGCCAGGGAGAGUGAGAGGGGGAGAGGGGGAGAGAGUGAGAGAGGGAGGGAGGGAGGGGGAAGGGGCAGCGACGCCGAGCCGAGCCGAGCCGGGACAAGGCAGGCGGGACAGCAGGUGCAGGACAGCCCGGGACAAGCGCACAGGGAGCGGGAGCAACAUGAAGACACAGCCCGCGGGCAGGAGGGAGCGCGGCCGAGCCCGGCUCCUCAUCCUCGGGGUCUUGCUCAUCAGUGUCCAGCUCACCCAGGUACUACCAGAUAAUGCUGAGGAUGGCUGGCGAGUGUUCAGCUCGGCGCCUGACAGCGAGGGGAGGUGUAUCUGUACCGUGGUGGCCCCCCAGCAGACUCUGUGCUCUCGUGACGCUCGCACCAAGCAGCUGCGGCAGCUCCUGGAGAAGGUGCAGAACAUGACUCAGUCCAUCGAGGUGCUGGACCAACGGACCCAGCGGGACCUCCAGUACGUGGAGAAAAUGGAAACACAGAUGCGAGGCCUGGAGUCAAAGUUCCGGCUGGUGGAGGAGUCUCACAAAGCACAUCUCUCCCGACAGUUUCAGGCCCUAAAAUCGAAAAUGGAUGAACUGUUGCCAUUGAUCCCCGUGCUGGAGCAGUAUAGAGCUGAUGCUAAGUUGGUGUUGCAGUUUAAGGCGGAAGCAACGAAUCUGACGGCUGUACUGGCCGCACUGCAGGAGGAGAUCGGAGCGUAUGACUACGAGGAGCUCCUGGGCAGAGUCUCCAGUCUUGAGGACAGGCUUCGGGCCUGCAUGCAAAAAUUAGCCUGCGGCAAGCUGACGGGGAUCAGUAACCCGGUCACCAUCAAGACGUCAGGAUCGCGGUUCGGAGCCUGGAUGACCGACCCGGCCUCGCCAGAGGGCGACACCAAGGUUUACUACAUGGAUGGCUACCACAACAACCGCUUUGUGCGGGUGUACAAGUCGCUGCAGGACUUCAUGAGCACGGACAAUUUCACAGUGCACCGGCUGCCGCACCCGUGGUCGGGCACGGGGCAGGUGGUCUACAACCAGACGCUCUACUUCAACAAGUACCAGAGCCACAUCAUCAUCAAGUUCCACAUCCCCAGCGAGCGCCUGCUGAUCCAGCGCAGCCUGGACUACGCCGGCUACAACAACGUGUACCCGUACUCGUGGGGGGGCCACUCCGACAUCGACCUGAUGGUGGACGAGGGGGGCCUGUGGGCCGUCUACGCCACCAACCAGAACGCGGGCAACAUCGUCAUCAGCAAGCUGGACCUGGUGACGCUGGAGGUGGUGCGCAGCUGGAACACGGGCUACCCCAAGCGCAGCGCCGGCGAGACCUUCAUGAUCUGCGGCACCCUCUACAUGACCAACUCCCACCUGGGCGGCGCCAAGGUCUACUACUCCUACAACACCAACACCUCCACCUACGAGUACACCGACAUCCAGUUCCACAACCAGUACUCCCACAUCUCCAUGUUGGAUUACAAUCCCAAGGACAGAGCCCUGUACACCUGGAACAAUGGUCACCAGGUCCUCUACAACGUCACCCUCUUUCACAUCAUAAAGUCCGACGAAUUCUAAAACUCGCCUUCAUUUAUACGGCGGCGCAGUCCAUAGAGAGAUAUAUAGAUCUGUAGAGGUGUACAGGUAUAUAUAUAUUCUGUAGAAACAACACUUAGCAUCAUUGAGUGUCUAGGUUAUUCUCCUCGUUUGAGAGAGCUUCUCGUUAAACAUUGACUUUAUCCGGUUCCCAAUACAACAAGAACUGGAGUCGGACUCAACCAGGAAUGGACACUUUCCUGCCCAUCCUUCUCCUAGUCCUCCAUCUUUGUCCUCCCCUUCUCCGUUCCCAUGUCCCCACCCCAUCUCUCCCUCUCGCAACGCUUUCUCCAUCUGGGAGCUCCAUCAUAUCAUCUCACCCACUCUGCCCGACCCUCCCUUCUACCCCUCUCACCCUCCAUUCUAUCCCUCUGCCUCCCCAGCCUUCCUGAUCUCGCCCUCCAGGCCCCGUUCCCUGCCCUUCUGCCCGCUCUCCCCUCACUUCAUCUCUCCCCUCACCUACCAGCUCCACAUUUUACUCUCCCCCUCUCCACAUUUUACUCUCCCCCACUCUAUUCCCACUCCACCCCCCCCCCCCUCUUCCCCUCCUCCUCACCUCCCCCCCCCCCCCCAAAUGUGGAGGGGGGAGGAGGGGGGACCCGAGUGGUUUCCCACCAAACCAAGGGAUCCGUGGUGGGAAUCGAACCGGGAGCAGGUCCUGAAUAAACCACGUCAACGAUCCCAGCUGAUGCGCAAGAGGCAUCUGUGCCCAUUGAUCAAUCUAUCUCCGAUACUCCCGCCGAUGUCAGGGGAAGGCAGGCAGGCAGGCAGGGCGAUCAAAACCCUCACGCCCAUGUCUCCCUCCCCCUCACCACCCAGUCCCAGGCACCUGGGGAGGGGGAAGACAGUGACAAAGACUGGUUGCAACUACUAACCCACUACCAAAGGAGCGGGAAGAAUCUACUGGAUGGGACUAUUGGACUGGAUGGAUUUGCCUCUCAUUGUUACCUGCUGCAAACUUACACAGCUGCCUCAUCAUCAUCACUGGGAAGGAGGUUGCUAUUUAUUGUGAAGAGAUGUAAUUGUUGAAAAACUGGUUUCUGCAUUAAGUGAGUCAUAUCGUGAAUUAUGUGUCACAGCUUGUCGGUGGCACAUUGUUAUAGCCCAUUUAACAAACGUGUGUUGGUAUUGCAACGUGAGGUGCUUCAUAUUUAGAUGUCAUUAACUUGGAGUACUUUUUUCCAUCAUAAGCACCUGGCAUUUUAAGGUUUGGUUCUGAAGGUCAACCCAGGGCUACUUGUAGAAGUUUCAUCUUCAGCCCAUCAAUAAGGUGCCAAUGGCCAGACCAUGUCAUCAUCACAUUAGUAAAUCCUACAGUUAUCAGCUGC